GAGACCUUGUCAUCGGCUUCAUGAAGAGAAGAGGAAUAGACACGAGGAGAUGGAGAUCGAGGUAAAUAGGAGGAGGGAGUUAGAGACAAACCGGAGAGAGUGUCAGGGGACCAUGUGAGUUAGAAGGCAGGUACGUGAAAGGGACAGCUCAGUACGGGAGGGGGAGAGAGAGACACAGAUGGGAGGAGAGAGAGGGAUCGAAAAAAGAGAGAGACUCACACGGGAGGAGGAGAGGGUGAGAGCAGCCGACACAAUAAUACACAACGAUAUCGAUGAGUGACUCUCCGCCAAAUCCAUCCAAGGCUGCCGGUCGGCGCGGUUAGGAGGAGAUGUCUUCCGAGCAUCCUGUGGGGUAUUAGAGACCGCGGAGGGGGCGCCCUGACUACUUUUCGUAGCACCUUUCCCAAUGCUGAUGCGGCGUCUCGGGAGGAUUACCGACCGGGAGAGAACAUCGCGGUGGAGGAACCAUGCCGGUGAUGAAAGGUUUGCUGGCUCCGCAGAACACUUUCCUGGACACCAUCGCCACCAGAUUUGACGGGACCCACAGCAAUUUUCUACUGGCCAAUGCCCAGGUCCAGCAUGGUUUCCCUAUCGUCUACUGCUCCGAUGGCUUCUGUGAUCUCACCGGUUUCGGUCGCACAGAGGUCAUGCAGAAGAACUGCAGCUGUCGUUUCCUAUAUGGGGUGGAGACAAGCGAGACUGUCCUUCAGGGUAUCGGGAGAGCACUGGAUGAGAAGCAGGAGUACCAGGCUGAGGUGUGCUUCUACAAAAAAGACGGAGAUCUCUUCUGGUGCUUUUUGGACAUCGUGCCCAUCAAAAAUGAAAACGGCGCGGUGGUCCUAUUCCUCUUCUCAUUUAAGGAUGUCACGGAGCAAAGAAUGAGAGCCCCACAUGGCGAUAAAAAGGAUGACAAACAGAAGAACCGUCGUCCUGGUGCUUCACAUUUUAGCUCAGCGAGAAGGCAGAGCCGGACCAUGCUGUGCCACCUCACAGGUCAAGUCUCGGGACGAAACAAAAAUGACAUAAAACUGAACAAUAACCUCUUAGAUAACAAACCUUCUCUUCCCGAAUACAAAGUAGCGUCUGUCCAGAAGCCGCGCUUCAUCCUCCUCCAUUACAGCAUCUUCAAAGCCCUGUGGGACUGGCUCAUCCUCUUGGCCACCUUUUAUGUGGCUGUCACCGUCCCCUACAACGUCUGCUUCACCGGCCACAAUGACAGCGUCUCUGCCGCCCGGAGCACCAUCGUCAGUGACAUCGCGGUAGAAAUGCUCUUUAUUCUAGAUAUCAUUCUAAAUUUCCGGACAACAUACGUCAGUCAUUCCGGUCAGGUGGUCUACGAACCCCGAUCAAUAUGUAUCCACUACCUCGCCACAUGGUUCUUCGUGGACCUCAUCGCUGCUCUGCCCUUUGAUCUUCUCUAUGCAUUUAAUGUCACAGUGACGUCCCUGGUCCAUCUCCUGAAGACCGUUCGGUUGCUGAGGCUCCUGAGGUUGCUGCAGAAGCUGGAUCGAUAUUCUCAGUACAGUGCAAUGGUGCUCACCCUUCUUAUGUCCAUGUUUGCCCUCCUGGCUCACUGGAUGGCCUGCGUUUGGUAUGUGAUUGGCCGCAAAGAAAUGGAGAGCAAUGACCCUGUCACCUGGGACAUUGGAUGGCUCCAUGAAUUGGGCAAGCGGCUCGAAGUGCCCUACAUAAAUAAUUCAAUCGGAGGACCCUCUAUUCGUAGUGCUUACAUAGCAUCCCUCUACUUUACACUCAGCAGCCUGACUAGCGUGGGCUUUGGCAAUGUUUGCGCUAACACUGAUGCCGAGAAGAUCUUUUCCAUCUGCACUAUGUUGAUAGGAGCGCUGAUGCAUGCCGUGGUUUUUGGUAACGUGACAGCCAUCAUCCAGCGUAUGUAUUCCCGCCGAUCCCUGUACCACACGCGUAUGAAGGACCUCAAGGACUUUAUCCGCGUUCACCGCUUGCCCCAGCAGCUCAAGCAACGCAUGUUGGAGUACUUCCAGACAACCUGGUCCGUCAACAACGGCAUUGAUGCCAACGAGCUGCUAAAAGAUUUUCCGGAUGAGUUACGAGCUGAUAUAGCGAUGCACCUCAAUAAGGACAUCUUGCAGUUACCGGUUUUCGAGCCAGCCAGCCGCGGGUGCCUGCGUGCCCUCUCCCUGCACAUCAAAACCUCCUUCUGCGCCCCGGGGGAGUACCUGCUGCGACAAGGAGAUGCUCUGCAAGCCAAUUAUUUCGUAUGUUCAGGAUCCCUUGAAGUCUUAAAGGACAAUAUGGUGCUGGCCAUCCUCGGAAAAGGAGAUCUAAUUGGCGCCGACAUCUCCAACAAGGAGCAAGUGAUUAAAACGAACGCAGAUGUGAAGGCCCUGACCUACUGUGACCUACAAUACCUCAGCAUUCGAGGACUACUGGAGGUGCUGGAGCUGUACCCGGAGUAUUCCAGCAAAUUCACGGCAGACAUCCACAACGACCUGACCUUUAACCUUCGUGAAGGCAGCGAGACCGAUGGAUACUACAGGUUCUCCCGAUCCCCGAGGCGAUCACAGCCUCGCCCAGAAUCUGGCAUCGCACCUGAGAAGAAGCUAGCCUCAAUCCUAGAGGACAACGAUGAAGCUGAUGACUUUUUCCGUCAUUCUCCUGCCACCAUGACACGCAGGAAGCUUAUGCUUCCAAACCUUAACAGCCCCGUGCGCCGCGGUUCUCUAAGUAGCCUCCUUGGGGAUGAACUGAGGCAAUUCCACGCCUUACGCCGCAACUGUCGCUCUCCAGCGCGUAACAGUCGGGGACGGAGUCCUUCACCUCAGUGUCGCAAAACAGAGAAAGUGCCUGAGACAGAGAAUGUUGGCUCUAAAAAGCCGGCCAAGCUUCUUAUUCCAUCUCUCAACACGUACGGCCCACCAGAUCUCAGCCCCCGAGUGGUCGAUGGGAUUGAGGACAGUGGAGACGUCUCGGAGAACCAAACCUUUCAAUUCAACAUGGAUAACUCCAGGCCGAGAUCUCCAAUCAGACAGUCUCCAGCCGCAGGAAUAAGCUUAGUCAACCCAAUCUUGGCCGCCGAAGCUGAAGAAAUUAAGCACAAUAUAUGCAGAUUAAAUCAAGAGAUCAACUGUCUCAACCAGGAGGUCUCACAGCUCAGUAAGGAAUUACAACACAUGAUGCGCCUCUUGCAAGCUCUGUUGGCCACCCAACAGUACAAUCCUCCAUUGGCCUGUCCGUACACCGUCCAAGUGGUCUCCAACCCUUCAGCGAACCACAUGGGCUGCAAUGAGCAACAACCUCGGUCCAGUUACCCGAUUCCACACUCCCUGCAUCUUGUACAAGAAUCGCCAAUGCCCCGGACAAUUGGACAUCAUGGACCGCUACCUUCAGAUGUCCCCUACGGUCAGAUGCAUUUCACGAGGGUCUCUCCAGAUUCAUGUUCGAGGCCUGCGGAAUCGGAAUCUUUCCAUCCUAUGAGAGACUGCUGUUAUAUUCCUUCCAACACCAUGUGUUCUCCCGGUACUCCGCUCUCGCACAUAGAGAUGGAAAGGGUGAGGUUGCAUCAACAGACUGAAGACGCUACGUCAAGCCCCACCAGUUACGGUUCACCGGGCUCUGGACCUCCAAUGGCGGCCCGAACGGCUCAUACUAUGACCUCUAUGAGUUCUGUCCAAUCUUUUAACACUUGUACCACCUCAGAACAACCCACCUCAGACUUGAAUACCAAGAGAACAUGAGAACUAUAUAUAGGGUUCCACCAGAAUUCUAAAAAAAAAUGCUGCUUUUUUACGGCUGUGCGAAGUGAAGGACCACAGUUCUGAAAAUAUUUUAGGAGAGCACAAGAAGCCAAAACACUCUUAUAUUGUUGUAUUUAGGCGCAUGCCACAUUGCUUGCCAGGACUACGUGUUUUGCUUUGGUAGAUGGUUUACAGGCACAAGAAUUUUUUUUUUUUGUGCAAAGAGGCCUUUGUGAUGUUUAUGUGGAACGUCAAUGGGUGACUAUAGUCAAUGCAAUACCCUUCUCCAAACACGAUCAUCAGAAACCCUACACCCCAUGGAUGUUCUCCAUGUUCUUUCAGUUCACGAUUUGAGAGGUAUGUGUAACUGGAACCAAGAAAUACCAUACCCGUGGUUCACUCGAUUAAUUGUUUCACGUGUCCAUGGCCAACUCAGUCUACAAAAGUGGUCUCCAACUGAGGCCCUUCGGAUGUGGCAAAACUUCAA